CGGUUACAAUGGCUUCCUUGGAGACAGGUGCCUUGCGUAAAUAAAUAGGAUUUUUAACAAGAUUAUUGUCUCCAGCAGGAGAUCCAAUUACCGAGGGUGUUUCAUUUGACUGCAAGGCAACUCUGAAAACAUGGCAUCGACAUUUGUAGAGCCUAGGGGAAUCCCCACAAUAUUUGGGGAGAUUUUGGAGAAAAAUGUUACCUUUUGUAUCGACACAUCAGGAAGUAUGUACAAAGGCAUGGAAAUGGUAAAGGAGCAAUUAGUAGAAACACUGAAGAAAAUGGCUAGCACUGGAAAACCAUAUUCGUUUAACAUUAUAGAGUUUAAUUCAGAAGUAAACCAAUGGUCAGACAAGCUUGUAACUUGUACUCCACAGACUGUUUCUGUCGCACAAGAAUGGAUAAACAAAAUUUCAGCCAAGACAGGCACUAAUACAAGAGAUGCUCUUCUCACAGCCUUGCAGGACCCUCUCUGUGGUGCAGUGUAUCUUGUUACUGAUGGACUGCCCGAUCAGCACCCAGUUGAAAUUCUAGAACAUGUUGCAAGUAUCAGUGGUAUGCGGCCUUUGCACUGCAUCUAUCUAUCGACAGAAGACUCCACAGAAAGUGCUGCGAUAGAAUUUCUUGAGGACUUGGCAAUCGAGUCCUAUGGUUCAUUUCACAUUGUAACCCUUACCACUCAUGGUUGUGUUGAAAGAAUAACGCCUAUUUACAGAGCUGAUCACGCUCAAGAAAGAAUCAUACGCACAAUUAACGGUACCAUUCGACCAAACAUUCAGAGAUGUAGCCUUGCUACCACCCUUCAAGUUGACCCUGAUGAAAGCAUAAACUAUGCGCCCAGAGUUUUAGGCGGACAAGCCCCCCAAAAUUGGUUUCCCCCAUGGGGACCGUAUUGGUAUGAUUGGCUGGGUAUGCCCCUUCGUUACUACUAUCCCUACGCCUGGAGCAGGUACCGCCCGGCUAAAGGCUGGAUAAAGGCCCAAGAAGCCAUGACAGAGUCAAUUGAGAUGUCUGGCUUGUCACCAGCAGCAGGGUCCCUUCUGCUCAACAAGGCAGUUCUAGCCAGACGAAUGGAAGAUGGAUACUUCUACAAAGCCAAUGUGAAAAGUCAGAUCAUGUCAGACAAAUUCCUGGUGGGUUUCGGUCCUUGCAAGCACGGGAAAUACACAGAUACUGUCUACCAGGACACGCAUGUCUAUGACAUCAUUGAUUACGAGGAUGCACGCAGACAUACCAUACUCACUGGUGACCGAGUGUUGGCCCCAUGGGAACCGGAGGGCGAGAGGUACGGACCGGGAACCGUUAUUGAGGGACACGAGAAGCGAAAUGCUGAAGGACGUUAUGAGGUUGCUAUAACUCAGGGUCCAGAUGACAAAGCAAUCACAGUCAGUUUCACGAAUGGCAAGGUUUCAAGCGUUCCCGUCGACACAUCAAUCUGGAUCCCAAAGGAGGUGUUUGAGAGAAUCACGCUUGAGUUAAAGAUGCCGCGUGAGGCUCGGGAAUCUCUCAUGUCUGAGGAACGCUACCCAGAACAGUCAAAACAGGGCUACCCAACCUCAGGGCCCACAGCAGACCCUAGGGACUAUGAUAUGGCUGACCCGCUGUGUUUUGACUAUGACCCCAUGGUUGUUGAGAGGCGUGGAGGUCCCUGGCGCUAUCCAUUCCAUCCACCUUACCCCCUCAUUCUUAAAAAGGGCAUAGAAAAGCAGGCUUGUGUCAGUGAGACUGUUGAAAAGAAACAAGUUGUACCAGGAACAAGUAUCACCCAGCAGCAACUUGAUGACAAGAUUGCUUCCCAGCUUCUGGAGCACAAAUUGUUACUGGAUGAAAAAGAAAAUGAAAAGGGAACCAGAAAGUGUGAACAGGAAAGUAGAAAGGUGAUGGAGGAAGGGAGGGAAUUUUCUGAAGAGUGCCAGAGAAGGCGAGAACAAAGGAGAGACCUUUCUGAAGAGUGCCAGAAAAGACGGGACCAAGGGAGACAACUUUCCGAGGAGUGCCAAAAAAGUCGGGAACAAGGGAGAAAACUUCCUGAAGAUCUCCAGAGAAGGCUGGAGGAGGUGUAUGGUCAGUGGCAAGAGGAAAAGGAGAAGGAAAAGUGUGAGAAAAGAUCGCAGGAGGAUGUUGAGGCUGUUUUGCAGCGACGACUGGAGGAACGCAGGAAGGAGCUCGAUCAGCAGUGGGAACAAGAAAGGGAGCUGAUAUUGAGCCAGAUUGACCGGGAGAGACUGCUGAAAAAGCGGGAAAAACAAGAUGAAAUUGGUUUGCGAAAAACUGUCUGCUUUGACGAAACUUCAAAGUGUGAUGAGGUAUCCGAGAAGAAAGAAGAGACAAGCUAUCGAUCUGCCUGCAGAAUGAACGAUGAUACUCUCCAUGAUGGUUACUUUAGUGACCCAGAGGACUUGACCUCACGAUGUCUACGCGAGCAGGGCGUGAACACAGAAUCCAGUCUACUGGAGCGCCCGCGUACGUCCUCCCGCCUUGUGACUCGACGCCCACAGUGGAAGAAGUACUGGCGUGCUGACCCGGGCAUGCCGAUAGUGAAUGCCCACAAGGGCCCAUUCAGGGAGACUGCCUUGGAGGCCCCCCUAGAGGCGCGCAAUAUGAACAAGGCACCAUACAUAUGUGAGUGGACCAGUCCUGUGUACAAUUAUGUUGACCCAUUCGCCCGUCACGACUACAGCAACAGUGUGGAGAAGUGUCUCCGUGCCCCCACUGCCCCCACUGCGCCCCCACCCCGUGAUUGCAACAAAAGAGUCCCAGUGCGCCCUAUGUCUGCUGACACGAAGGAAUCACUUAGGAGGGACUUCAAGAGGCGGUGUGAGGAUCAGCGACAGAAGGCAUGGAACAUGCGCAUAAAGAACUACGACAACAUGUCGGAGGUCAUGCAGGACCAGCACCGAGAAAGAAUCAGAGGGCAGCUUCAGCGUGAGCAGGAUCGUCAGGUGCGGGAGCAGCGCCAGAUUGAGCAGGCCAGGGAGCAGAAGAAAUACAUCAGCAAGGAAAUACGUGAGAAGAUCGAGGUGAACCAGAAACGGGAACUUGAUCGGGAGCAACUAAGACUUAAGGCAAUGCAACAGAGGCGAGAGAGACGGGAGAAUAUACAACAACAGCGGGAGAAACAAAUAGAGGAGACACAGCAACGCAGGGCGGAUGUGAAGGCCCAGCAUGCAUCUGUGAGGUGUACCGCAGUUCAGCAGCGUCUUGAUCAGGAGGAGGCCUGCAACGCAAUGCGGGAUCAGCAGCACCGCAACGCCAAGAUGCAUCGCAUACAACACUUCCAGGCACUGGAAGAGGAAGGUCAACGGAGGAAAGAUGUCCGUAUUGCAGUCACAGAUAGACAUCUGUCUGUGUUUGAAGCUGUGCCACUCUGCUAGUGGUUUUGUGACCAACAUUUACCAUAUAUGGUGGACUGUAACCUAUUCUGAAAAACUAUAUUGUUAUCUCCCUUAGAUUUAUUUUUGCCUUGUCAAAAACCUUGAAGGUGUAGAAAAAUUGGAUUUGUAACUCCAAUUUAUGUGAUAAUUAUUAACUGUAUCUUUUUUCAUUGUUCUUAAGUAUUUAAACCUUAUUUUUGCUCUUAAGUUUAAUGAAGCAGUUUAAGUAAGAAUGGUGUCUUAUUUGUUUUGUUUUCAGUUAGAAUAAGUACCUUUCUAAACAUAUGUUUUUCAUGCGUUACUGUGUAAUGAAAAACACAAAAUCGUGAGAAAUUGUUUUUGCUAUUUAUACUAUAAUUUUUAAGUUAUUAUUUAGCAAAUAAUAAUUAAUCAUUGAUGCUUUGAAUUUAUAAAGCUAAAUAAAUUUGUGAUAAAAUUGACGCUGUGACACUGCCCAAUAAAUGCAAGAAACCUAUUUUUAGACGUAUCAUUGUAUGAUUUAUAAAACUUCCUAAAAUAAAAAUAGCACUAUUUUUUUUCAAGGAGUCAUAUAUCUAAAGCUGUAGCAUAAUGUCAUGCUUGCAGUUUUUAAAAAAAGAAAGAUAUUGCUUGAUUUAGUGAAAUAGUUUGUUUUAUUACGUACAAUUAUAUUUUUGUUUCAUUUUUUAUAUUAUCUUUAUGAGACCCUUAUAUUAUUUUUUUUAGGAUAGAACAUUGAAACCUAUAAUGAUGUAGAUAGUCAUGUACAUUACAAAUCAUAUUGUCUACCUUGACUCUGUUAAUGGUUUAUGGGUAAAGAAAUAGCUGCUCACUUGUUUUUGAUAGAACUAGUUUUAUCUGGUCUGUUUUUAGCAAGGCCAUAACUUUGACUUUAAUAAUUGUCAUGUUAUGCCACUAUUUUGACUUAAAAAAAAAACCCACAAAGAUGGAUGCCAAUGUUUGCUUGGAGGCCUGCUUGUUCCGUUACACAAUACUAAUGUAAUUGUAUUGGAAUUAUCACUCUUGGUGUUGUUUAGACACAGUCACACAUAAUGUUUUGGACAUCAUCAAACACACAAGAAACCAACACUAUUUUAACAAUGCAUCAACUCCCAUUUUUUGUAUGUUUUAUUUAAUACUUUGAUAUCAAUUUUAAUCUAUUAACCUAGUAUUAGGACAUGCACUGUAAGAUACACAAUGUGUGGAAUGCUCAAAAUAUUUUGCUUUGCCUUAUAUGUUUAAGUUUUGAUACAUUAGUUUUUAAAUUUCCUUGUUCUAGUCUUAGUAUGAUUUUAUAUUAUAUUAGCAGCUGCUUAUUGGUAGUCAUAUCAUUCUUGUCAUUUUUAAGGUAAGCCAUCCAUCAUUAGGACGAAAAGAAGUGUUAGCGCAUUUUAGAAAUUAAUCUCGAUAUUAUUUCUAUGUUUCAUCAUUAUAUACAUUUUGGAUGGAUUGCAUUUAUGAAUAACAGCAUAAUAUUGGAACUAUAAUGAUAUGAUAUAAAAGGGAGGCAAUAAAACAAUAUUUUACCAUAAUUAUAUAGAAAUUUUAUUUGUUUGUUUUAUAAAUAACACAAUGUCUAUAUAAAGAUGCUCUCUUUGAAAGGUUUAAAAACAUUCAUGCUUAACAUUUGGUUACUUUUAAAUAAGCUUUACCCGAGUAGCAUUUUUUUUGGAAUUAAUGAUGGAUGGGUUACAUUAAGUAAAAACUUAGGUCAACUUAUUAUUACCUUUGCUUUUUGAAUUAAGUUAACAAAACUAACUUGCAAAUGCUUAAAACGUAAAAAUUCAUGCGUUAAAAUCACUAAUAAAUAUCAUUCAUUCUUCUAAAUUUUUUGCAUAGCACUUGCUCAUUUUGUAUUAAUCAGAUUUUUAUUUGGACAAGAAGAUUUUUUAAACAAACUACACCAAUAGUUGAAGGGAUGAGGGUCUUUUUUAUAUAACCAGCUAUGUUUUAUAUUGUUUUAGUUCUCUGUUAUAGUUUGUUGAUUAUUGUAAAAAAUAGAAAUGAAUUUUUUCAUCAUGUUCAUAUAAUCCGACAUUUUGACUUUUGUAAUAAUGUUUAUUUGAAUAUUGUAACAUAAUUUUGUCAUGAUUUAAUAACUGACUUUGUACUACUUGAUGUCAUUCAACAAGUAAUGGUUAAAUAUUGUUAGAAUGUACUCACAAAAAUAUUUGGUUUGAUGCUAUGUUUAGGAGUCGCCACUGUUUAUAUCUCACGCUUCAUCCGAUUAAAAUAAAUAGUGGCAGUUAGCUUUAAUUGAAGUAGAAUAUUGGAAAACUUGAGAAAUACUUCCUUCUCAUUAGACAACAGAUAACGUUGACCACUAAUAAAGUUUACUAGUUUGACUGAGUCAGUUUAAUUACACUAUCAAUGGCAACCUUACUAACUUGAUUAUGACUUUAGUAAAUUAUAUCGAAGUAUCUAUUAAUUUGAAUGAAUAGAAGGUCAAAGCCAUCAUUCAAAAUUUUUACUUGGAUAUUCAAAAAUGCUAGAGAUAACUUUUCAUCAAACUUAUUUGUUUUUAAAUAUACAUUUAAGAAUGAUAAAUUAUCAUAAUUUUCUCUGGUUGUUAAAAUGGCCUCCCAUUUAUUCCAAUUUACUAAGGAUGAACUACUGUCUGUAAUACUUGUAUAUCCCUGCUUGAUUGUUUUUGUUUACAAAUGUCUGUGAUAAAAAUGAAUGGAUGAUCUUGAUAUUUUAAGUGUUAAUGAUAUAAUUAAAGAUAUUGAUUCUGUGAUUUGCUGCUCUGUAUAUGUGAUCAAUAUUGUUAAUCAUUAUAUACUGUUUUCAAUCAAAACACCUCUUGCUCAAAAUAACUUGAAAGAGUUGGUUAAAUUUGAGAAAUUUCUUUUUGCUUAUUAUGGUAUUAUUGGUUAGUAUAAAACCAGUCAUGAAUUAUAAACUAUAUUGUAUUCAUGUAUUGUUUUCAAUUCAUAAAGUUGCCUUUGCAAGAACAUGUACAUUUGUACAAUACUUUUGCACCCAAUUUUUUACCAUAUCAAAUCAAAUUAAUCUGCAAGAAUUUAAAAAAAAAUCCUGUAAAUUCCGUUUGUUAAUUUAAAGGGGGUAGUUCACAUUAAAUGUGAACAAUUGCUUUUAAUUACAAGUAAAAAGAUUAUUGUCAUUGGAAAUUGCAGAUUAUACUUCAUAUGAAGUAUGCGCAAUUAUUUCUCUUUAAACGAUUGAUAUUAAAUUAUUAAUGUAAUAUGUUACACCAAUGAAAAUUCUGUCCACUUCUAUAUACUAUGGUUUGAGGAUAGGUGGGCAAUUAAGGGCCUCAAUUGUACUGACCUUAAGCAUAUUCAUAGACCUUGACAGAUAAAUUAUGGGGUGGUAUUCAAUAUACUAAUUGAGUUAAUGUUAUGGUCAUACAUCAUUGACUUCAUUCACUCUAUUGGUCAGUUAUUAAUAACAAGUACAUUGUAAUCCGAUUAACUACAUCGUUUUUGAUCCAUUUAAGACAAUAUUAAAUACUAGCCCAGAACUAGAAAUGCAUAACCAUUGGCAACACAUCAAAUUGAUAAUGCAUGGAUCAAUCUUGCAACUGUAAAUACUGCUUCAAGUGAUUUGAUACUAAAUCAAAAUGCAUGUGUUGUCAGUUAUGUGCAUUCUGCAAGUUCUGAUUUAUGUGUCAGGGAAUAUAGAAUAUGUUUUUUCCAAGAGUUCCAUUUAGGCCCUUAUUUGCUUACCUAAUCUUAAACCGCUGUGUUUUUUAUACUGCUGGUUUUACAUAUUUGCAGGAAUGUGACUUUUGUGAUAUACUUUUUUUGAGACAAGCCUUAACCUUUUGAAAGAUGAGUUUACAUGUGUAACCCUUUGUUAUUGAGGUUUAUAGUUUGUGUAGAUCUGAGUAUUUUAAUUAUGUUGUUCUUCACUUGAUCGCCCAUACUUUGUAGCUGUUUUCUGUAGAAACUUUGAGUAAGGUGUAUGUAGAAAAGCAAUAAAAAUUGAAAAAUGUCA